AUGCUUUUUUCCUGUUCAGAUCUCUGAGCUGUAGCUUCUAUUUUCAGGACAGUUCUUUUUAGUGUGUCAGAUCUGCAGAUCCUUUUUCGGCCGCUGUAUUGUAAACAGCUUAAAGAGAUUUUUGGAAUGGAGGCUGUGGCUCUCUUCGACUUUCGUUCCACAGAGAGUGAUGAACUCAGCUUUCAGAAAGAUGAUGUGCUUAAGAUUACCAAUAAGGAAGAUGAUCCAAACUGGUACACAGCAGAGUUAAUGGGAAGAAAAGGCUUUGUUCCCAAGAACUAUAUCAAUUUAAGACCUCACACGUGGUUUGCUGGCCGGAUCUCCCGGCAUGUUGCAGAGGGACGACUGCGACACCGGGAGUGUGGAGCGUUUCUGGUAAGGGAAAGCGAGAGUGCACCUGGAGAGUUCUCCAUAUCUGUCAGCUAUGGUGAUCAUGUCCAACACUUCAAGGUUCUGAACAACAGAGAGGGGAAUUACUUUGUCUGGGAUGAGGUUUUUGCUUCCCUCAACCAGCUGGUGGACUUCUACAAAAGUAACAGCAUUGCUAAAGAAAGGACAGUCUUCCUUUGCGAGGCAGAACGCUCACAAAAGCAGAGACCUCAUUAUGCCCACGCCCUGUUUGACUUCAUCCCACAACACAACUCCCAGUUGCAGUUUUUGCGUGGUGAUAUCAUUGACCUGCUGGACUGUUCCGACCCAGAGUGCUGGAAGGGGCGCUGUAAUGGGAGGGUGGGCGUCUUUCCCAAAGAGUAUGUGAAGCCUAUUUACCACUGACCCCUCAUCAGAGCUUCUGUCAGAAUCCAUGAUUUCAUUUAUCACUUAAUAAUCACAGUUUAAGGCAAUGUUGGCAGAGGAAACUGGUCAAUCUUUACAUGUGAACUGUUACAGACUGGUGUAUUAUCAACUUUGCUUAGCCCCCAGUGUAGUAAAGCCAUUGACACUAAGAAUCUACCUUUGAACUAUCUGACAGUAACCAAAGAGAUAAUAAAGGAGCAUCACUAAACAGAGGUAACUGAUAAUAAAAUUGCAUUUAAUUUUAAGGACAGCGACCAUACAUUCUUCAAAUAUCCUUCAGAUGCAGUUUUGGGCAGAAGUUUGAGCUUAAAUAAUUACUAGUAGCAUUACUGUGGCUUUCAGGACAUCAUUUGAGGUCAUCAUAAUUUUAAAUAAAUCAAAAGUAUGAAAAAGUUAAAUGGAGUCAUACAUGCUGAAUUAUUUAAUCAAUGUUAAAUAAAUCAUUAAGUAAGAGCAGUUAGAGUGGUUUCAACUGGCUAAUAAUCCCAUAACACAUCAUUAAUAUUUUCUCACAAAGGAAUAUAUUGCUUUCAAAAAAUAGAAUAGUCCAAAGUUUGUA